AUGACAUAAGCUAUGAAUACAGAUUUAUUGUUAAGAAUGAGUACUCUGAAUUAGGAAUUUCAUGUGUUAGCUACAAAUACUAAUUUAUUUAUUACAACAAUUAAAGAGGAAUUGUUAUAACAAAAAUAAGAAAAUUAAACUAGUAGAUAAAUCUGUGAUCUUAAUACUUAAGUAUGAUGUCAUUUUAAAUAGAGUGUUAGUGAAUUGAGAUGGCAUUUGGAUUAAGCAGUUGGAAAUCUUUAUAAAAAAUACGAAGAAUAAGUUAAUGAUAAAAUAAAGGAAUUUGAAAGCUUAUAAAAAUAAAAAGAAAUUUCAGAAUAAAAUAGAAUAAAAGAAUUAGAGUAAAGAUUCAAUCAAUAUGAUGAAAUAAUUAAAGAAUUAGAUAAAAAAUGGGAAUCAAAAUCUAAUGAUCGUUAUAUUGCUAGCAUAAUUUAAAAGAACCUAUUAACAAAUUAAAACAUAGGAUAAUUUAUAGUUGAUAAAGUAUUGAAAUUAACAGAAGAAACUGUUUAAAAUAAACUAAAUGAUUAUUAAAAGUUGAUUGAUGAAAGAAUGACAAAUUAAUUUCAUUAGUUAUCUAAUUAUUAAGUUUAAAUUAGAAAAUUUGAAACAAAAUAAGAUGACUUAUAAAAUCAAUUAAAUAUCUCAAAAGAAUUUUAGAUGGAUUUUCAAAAAUAAUAAUAAAAAAAACUUUAAGUAUUAUAACAUCAAAAUUCAUUAUUUAAAGAAGUUGUGUAAUAAUAAGUUCAUAAGUAAAUGAUUAAUAAUAUAUAAUAGUAUAAUAGAAUAGUCAGAAUUAUGCAAAACUAAUAUUAAAGAUUUAAGAGAAUAAAUGGUUAAGCAAUUCGAAGAUGCUUCAGUUGGUAAAUUAGAAAAUAACGAAUAAAUUUUGUAAAUUUUAACAUAAGAUUAAUAAAAAAUAAGGGAAAUUGAAAGAAAAUAAGAUUUGAUUUUUAAAAAUGAGAAUGAAUUUAAGAUUAAAUUAGAAUAGAUGUAAUAAGAUUAUAAUCAAUAAAAUUAAAGAGCAUUAAAUUAAAUAGUUACAAUGGAUAGUGAAAUGAAAAAUAUAAAUUCUGCAAUUAAUGGUAUUUAUGAAAAAAUGAAUACUAUUACUUUAAAUCCUUAAGCAAUUUAAGAAACUAAAAAUACUGAAAAGCCAUAAGAAAAAUUUAGGCCAUUAUUAAUAAGUCAAAAGAUUUAAAAAUAAUUCUGUUUAAAAGAUUAAAUUGGAUAAAUCGAAAUUUUGUUUCGACAUGUUUAAUUAUUAUUCAAACACAUCUGUAAAACAUAUAGAUAUGAAUAAAAAUUGGAAUCUUAAAAAUAAAAAUAGAAAUCAGAUUUAACAAGAAAUAAUUCAAAUGAAUAAAUUCAUUCAGAUAAUUUAGACCAUCCAUAAUAUGUAUUUUAACAGUAUUAAUAAUAAUAAAAAUAAGAAUAAUAAAAAUAAGAAGUUCAAAAAAGUGAUAUACUUUAAUAAUAAGUUUUAAAUCCUUAAAAUUAAUUAAAGAUUAAUAUACAACCUGUAUAUUAGAGUAAUGAAGAUUACUUUGGAGACACAAGAUUAUAUUUUAAUUAAGCUAUGAAACCUCUUUAUAUUUAAGGAAAAUGUAUAAAAAUUUAUAUUAUAAUAGAACAUGCUAUGGAUAUUCGACCUUAAGUUGAAAUGCAAUAAUUAUCUGCGAAAGUAAAACAAAUUUCUAAUCUAUUUUGUGAUUCUGAUUUAAGAUAAUAAUUAUUUGAAAACAGUUAAAGUUAGAGACCAGGAUCAGGUAAGAAGAGAUUACCAAAGAUUAAUUCAAAAAGUUUUCAUUUCUCAAAUGAUGAUUAAUGA